AUGGAUGAUGGCCGAGACGUCUCUGUAUUGGAUGAUGGUACCUUGACUAAGAGUGGUGUGGAAGUUCCUGAUAAAAAAAUGGCUCCGCACUCAGUGUGCAGUGAACCCUGCCCUUCUGGAUUCAGGAAAGCAGUUCGAGCAGGAGAACCAGCCUGUUGUUUUGACUGUGUCUUGUGUUCCAUAGGGGAGAUUACCAACCAGUCAGGAGCCAGCGACUGCAUGAAGUGCCCUGAACAUCUUUGGUCUGAUGACAAAAGACAAAAGUGCAUUCCCAAAGUUAUUGAGUUCCUUUCCACUGCUGACUUUCUGGGCUCAUUGUUAACUGGAUUAUCAAUGGCGUUUUCUCUAAUUACGUUGUCUGUCCUUUGCGUCUUCAUUAAGUCCCGAGACACUCCGAUUGUCAGAGCCAACAACCGAGAGCUUAGUUACCUGCUACUCAUUGCUCUCGCGAUGUGCUUUAUGUGCGCCUUACUUUUUAUUGGGCGUCCUGUGAAAAUCACUUGCCUAAUGCGUCAGGUUGCUUUUGGUCUUCUGUUUUGCAUUUGUGUCUCUUCAGUCCUUGCCAAGACUCUUAUUGUGGUUGUUGCAUUUAAUGCCACAAAGCCUUCAAGCCGUCUGAAGAAGUGGGUGGGAUCAAGGUGGCUACCUAUUAAUAUUGUUCUUUGGGGUUCACUAGGUCAGGUUUCCAUAUGUAUAUUUUGGCUAUGCACUGACAUUCCAUUUCCACAAAACAACCUCAAAACUGAAACAGGAAAAAUAAUAAUUGAGUGCAAUGAAGGUUCAGCUUCCAUGUUCUACUGCAUGUUGGGUUACAUGGGACUCUUAGCUGUCAUUUGUUUUAUAGUUGCUUUCUUAGCAAGAAAUCUGCCUGACAGGUUUAAUGAAACUAAAUUCAUUACAUUCAGUAUGCUUGUAUUCAUCAGUGUCUGGUUGUCAUUUAUCCCAGCUUAUCUCAGCACCAAAGGAAAGGGAAUGGUUGCUGUUGAGAUCUUUGCCAUUUUAGCAUCUGGUGCUGGAUUACUAGCUUGUAUAUGUAUCCCUAAAUGUUAUAUUAUUUUGCUUAGACCAGACAUGAACACAAGACAAAAGGUGUCUGGAAAAAGGGGAGCAUUUUUUAAAUAA